AUGAACUUUACCGGCAUUCUCCGUACAGCCCUGGCCGUCGCCAUCGCUGCAAUAAUGCCGAUGGUGGCAGGCACAACGACGCAGACGACGGCGCAGUCAACAGAGGUCAAUAUUCUAUUCCCGGCCCUAUAUGAGAUGAAUCUGGAUUACCUGGAAGGGAGAGUCGUGAGCGCCGAUACCUCAGCUACUGCAAUUGAGGUCGACUGCCGAUCUGCCGAGGCCAGCCAAUGUUCCUCUUCCGGUUAUGUCUUGCCUGUAACUCCCACGACCGGUGCGACCUUCCAGGACUAUCAUUACGAUAUCACCAGCUUGGAACCGCACUAUCUACAUCGUUACUGGGACUUUGGAUUGCAAUGUGACCUCGUCUACGCUGGGCGCCUCCUGCUACGCCUCGACGAGCACGUGGAUAACUAG